CUCUCGUCGUCACCGGUAAAUUACCUCCGGUCCCAUUUCCGUCAUUUCCCGACAGUUUUCGUCAGAUCCCGGCAGACUUCAGUACGCCGUCCUUCGAUCAUCUCCAAACGUCCGCGGGCGAAGAUUCCACAGAAAACAGAAGAACAAUGGGAGUGGGUGGCGAAAGCAAUGGCAUCAGUGACGGCAUGACGGUAAAGAGGCGGUCGUGCAUGUGCAGCAAAGACGAUUUUCUCCCUGAGGAGUCGUUCAAGAACUGGGGAAGCUACAAAAAGGCCCUGGGAGAAACCGGACUUCGGCUCAAGGACCGCCUCCUUGCACGGUCCCUCGUCGACACCGAGCUCAAUGAGGUGCGAGCGAGGAGCCAGCACGACAUGAAACGAAACCUCUCGUGGUGGGACCUCAUCUGGUUCGGCAUCGGUGCUGUGAUUGGUGCUGGCAUCUUCGUCCUCACCGGCCUCGAGGCGAAGGAGUCUGCAGGCCCUGCCGUCGUGCUGUCCUACGUCGUGUCUGGCAUCUCGGCCAUGCUCUCCGUCUUCUGCUAUACCGAGUUCGCCGUCGAAAUCCCCGUGGCAGGUGGGUCAUUCGCGUACCUACGGGUGGAGCUCGGCGACUUCAUGGCGUUCAUCGCUGCUGGCAACAUCCUCCUCGAGUACAUGAUCGGCGGUGCAGCUGUUGCCCGAUCAUGGACGUCGUACUUUGCCACCCUCCUCAACCACAAACCUGACGACUUCCGCAUCAUUGUACAUGGCCUCAAGGAGGACUACAACCACCUUGACCCCAUUGCGGUCGCUGUGAUCGCAGUAAUCUGUGUCCUCGCCGUCUUCAGCACUAAGGCCACGUCCCGCUUCAACUACAUUGCCUCCAUCAUCCAUGUGGUAGUCAUCUUGUUCAUCAUAAUUGCAGGCCUCAUCAAAGCGGACACGAAGAACUAUUCGCAUUUCUCACCGUAUGGUGCCCGUGGGGUCUUCAAGGCCUCUGCUGUCCUCUUCUUCGCCUACGUGGGGUUCGACGCCGUGUCAACAAUGGCCGAGGAGACGAAGAACCCAGCUCGGGACAUCCCAAUUGGGCUAGUGGGGGCCAUGUCGAUCACGACGCUGGUGUAUUGCCUGCUUGCUGUCACGCUCUGCCUCAUGCAGCCAUACGGCUCAAUCGACCCGGACGCACCCUUCUCGACGGCUUUUGAGGCCGUCGGCAUGAACUGGGCUAAGUACAUUGUAGCCUUCGGGGCACUGAAGGGCAUGACGACGGUCCUGCUUGUCAGCGCUGUAGGCCAGGCGCGGUACUUGACCCACAUUGCCAGGACCCACAUGGUCCCUCCUUUCCUAGCCUACGUCCACAGCAAGACCGGGACACCGAUCUAUGCCACGAUCGUCAUGCUUGUGGCCACAAGCGUAAUUGCCUUCUUCACCAAGCUCAGCAUCCUAUCUGACCUCCUCUCCAUCUCCACGCUCUUCAUCUUCAUGCUCGUCGCGGUAGCGCUCCUUGUCCGCCGGUACUAUGUGAGCGGGAUCACGCCCGAUCAUGACCGUAACAAGUUGAUCAUAUGCAUCGUGCUGAUAAUCGCGUCGUCGAUUGCAACUGCAGCCUACUGGGGCUUAAGCAAAGAUUGGAAAGCGUAUGUGGUCACGGUCCCGAUCUGGUUCGGAGCCACGUUGGGUUUGAAGCUGUUUGUGCCAUUUGCUCUGGAGCCGAAGCUGUGGGGGGUCCCGAUGGUGCCAUGGCUGCCGUCGUUGUCGAUUGCUAUCAACAUCUUCCUUCUUGGAUCGAUUGAUGGGAAGUCGUUUGCCAGGUUUGGCAUUUGGACUCUAUUGUUGUUGUUGUACUACUUCUUCAUGGGCCUUCAUGCAUCCUACGAUACAGCGAAGGCGUCUGAGGAGAGGCGGGCUGCUGGCGAUCCGUUGCCGUGGAACAAGUUGGAGGAGGGAAGUGAUAAGUUACCGCCGUCGUCCAUGGCGGAUUCCGACACUGCAAAGGGUAGUAAGAUUUCUACUGCUGCUGAGAGUGAUUAGGUGUGGGAAUUGAAUAAAGAAUGUUGGGGAGUGGUGUGUUGUUUAGAUAUGUUAGUUGGGUGGGCUUCUAUCUACACGAGGCCACACGUGCCAUUCUGGGACGCGUGUGGGACAUUCAAAUCCGUCCAUCUGGUGGGUCACGUUGUCGAGUUGGGGCUGGUUGACUAAAGCUUGUUAGAUAUUCCUGAGGCCUGCCGGAUGGCCUGAUUUUAAGGACUGGUCUUCUUAUGUUGGUGGGAUCCACCCGAUCCACGACUUGAAGUCCCAUCAAAUGCGUGUGGGCUUAGGAUAGUACGUGUGGCCGUUACUUAAUGAUGUACAUAUAUGAAUGAAAAUAUGAAAUGUUGGAGUGAAAAUAAAACCUGGGAACUUUUGAAGGUACAUAUUCU